UCCAAGUCGCGCUCCCUGGACAUGCACAGAGCGAGGAGCCGAUAAUCACCUCACGGUUUCAAGUUUGAAGAAGACCACUAAACAGCAGUGAAGAUGACGGCCAUUGAGAGCAAAGAGGAGAUCAGUGAUACAGACAGUGGCAUCAUUGUGCACUCAGGCCCGGACAGCCCCACUUCUCCACUGAAGGAUGGUAUGACCCACACACGAGCUCUGAAACUCAAACACCAGGCUCUGGAGGAGCGGCUAGAGCUGUGUCUGCUGGAGCUUCGAAAACUGUGCAUCAGAGAGGCAGAGCUGACUGGUAAACUUCCAUCUGACUAUCCCCUGAUGCCUGAAGAGAAGCCCCCUCGUGUUCGAAGGAGGAUUGGAGCCUCUUUUAAACUGGAUGAAGACCUUAUUCAUUCAAAUAAAAAACAGGACUCUGAGCUCCACGCCUUGGAGACUGAGCUAGCACUGCAACGACAGAUUUAUGAGGCCGCUCGUAAACUUUCCCUGGAGGACAACCUGAGUAAACCGCAGAAGAAGAGCCGUGCGCAGCAGUGUAAACGGGAGGAGAAGAAGGUGAAGGAGCUGCAGGAGGCUGUGUUCCAGCACAGGGUCAAGAGUGAAUGCACCUCACCACGAAUCAUCUCAUCUAACCAGCACAGAGAUUUGAAUAUGUCAGAUGACAGCUCCCUUUCUGAUGUAGUGGCACUGGAUGAAGAUGUGGACUCGCCCUGCCCAGUGUCCCCUCCAGCUAUGGGACAUCCCUUCUCAGACCCCCUCCAUCUGCCCCCCAAACCUCUGCUGUCCUGUCCCGUGUCUUCCAGCCUGAACAGUGUGGACAAUGAGCGCACCCCCAUCCAGAGCUCCCCCUGGAGAGAGUCCAGUCUGGACCAUCCCAUUAAGAAGAACAGCAAACUGCAGAAGAACAGUGGCAGCAGGUCCAGUAGUCCGGCCCAUGUGUCCUCAGACGGCACCAGGGCUCUUCCUUCCCCCUUCACAAAGAGCUCGUCCCUGAGGUACAGCCACUCCACUAGCGCCCCCUCUACCCCGGAGCUGCAUGUGCGUCGCCAAUUCUCCCAGUCAUUCAGGCUUCCCAAGAGCAAGCCCUUGAGUGUAGACAGUAACAAAGGCCGUGGCAGACUACCCCAGCGUCGCCCUGAGUUUAUCCUGCGCUCCCCUCAGUACUCACCCCUGCGCCUGUCACAGUCCAGCUCAGAGGACACCAGCUCCGAGCACUCCUCUUCCUCCUACAUCAGUUCUCCAGGACGGGAAGGCCCCACAGAGAUCCCCAAACUGUGCCCCCCUCCCUACGGUUUCCAUUACGGAGCCAAGAAAGCAGUCUCCAGCCCAUCUCCAAAUAAUAAGACUUUGAAGCAGAAUCAAGGGAGUAAGGAUGUUUUGGAUAGCCCACUCUCUCCUCAAGAUUUGGGUGUCAAUAAGCGCUUUCUGUCACCCCCACCUGUCCCAACUGCUCAAAGACAAAGCCAGGAGGCACCAGUGUCACCGAGGAGAACCCUGAAACCCCCUCCUCCGUACAGGCUGGUGAGGACCCCAUCACUGAAAGAAUACCCCAACCAUGCCUUCAGACUACUGCCCCGAGAGAUAGUGUCUGAGGAACUCAAGUCCUGGCACCAGAGGAACCAGCAGCAGAAGUUAAGGCCAAACGGGGAAGAAGGCAUCACCAGUCCCACGUCACCACGUAUGCCCCCAUUUACUCCGGGCUCGGGUAACUUGGUACUCCAGAGAGCAGCGGAUGGGACUCCUCUGCAGUGGUUUGUGGCUCAAGACUCAGAGAUCAUCAGCCAAGUUUAAACUAUGGAGUUCGUUUAAAAGGACCUAUGAUUAUUUAUGUGUAUUUAUUAACAACAUGGACUCUCUAUGAGAUGGUUUGUUCAAAGAUGUGUCAAAAACAUGUCUGUAUACUGAAGAGCACAUUUCUCUUUCUAUUAAUUUAAAUGUAAUGGUCAUAUGCCAUUUUAUUUAUAUUAUUUUAAAAUAGGCAGUGAAGGUGAUUUUAACAUGUCAACAAUGGACCUAGAUGACAUUUUUUUGCACACUAAGUUCACCUGCAGUAGUUAUAAGGUAAAGAGUUGCCCAUUCCUAAUAUAAUUUUAAUUUUAUGUUAUUUAUCUUUAAUUUAAUGUUUCCUCUAUUUCAGUGCU